UGGGGCGCGUGUGCGUUUCCAUUUCAUUUCACCGUUCGAGGAAAAGGCAGAAUCCUCCGGCCUUUCCAACUCCUCCAAGAGGGAGUUGCUGUUGCUGCUGCCGUUGCCAUUCCUGACUGUCAUCCUGUGGGGGUGGGCGGGCUUGGGGGAAGAGAGAGAGAGAGAAGGGGAGGCGUCUUCCGGUUGGGCAGGGCAGGGGCUCCCUCGGCUCUCGAUUCUUUCCAAGAUUGAGGAGUUCAAUCAUCGCCGCCAUCAUCACCGAGCAAGCAGCAUGGCAGCAUUAGCAGAUGGAGAUGCGGCUUAUUCUUCUUUGGAUAGUGACGAUGAGUACGAGAAAUUUAUUCAAAAGAUGAACCCUCCAAGGGUCACUAUUGACAACACCUCAUGUCCAAAUGCUACAGUUAUUCAUGUGGACAGCGCCAACAAGUAUGGGGUACUGUUGGAGGUAGUGCAGGUCCUCACUGACCUCAAACUCAUAGUCAAGAAAGCAUACAUAUCCUCAGACGGAGGAUGGUUCAUGGAUGUCUUCAAUGUGACGAACCAAGGUGGGCACAAGAUAAUGGACGAAUCUGUGCUAGAAGGUAUAAAAGAUUGCAUUUACAAGUCUAUCGGGCCUGAUUCUUGCCUUCUUCCCUCGCGGAGGAGAGCCAUUGGAGUGGAGCCUUCCUCCGACUACACCUUGAUAGAGCUAACUGGGACCGAUAGACCCGGUCUUCUCUCUGAAGUGAGCGCUGUGCUCACAAAUCUGGAGUGCAAUGUGGUGAAUGCGGAGCUGUGGACACAUAACGAAAGAGCAGCUGCCGUCAUGCAGGUCACUGAUAGGAAGUCUGGGCUGGCAAUUUCGGAUGCAGAAAGGCUUGGCAGAAUCAAAGAGCGGCUUUGCAAUGUGUUCAAAGGGAGGAGUCGAGACGCCAAGACAACGGUCGCAAUGGGCAUAACCCACACAGAGCGGAGGCUGCACCAAAUGAUGCUUGAGGAUCGAGAUUACGACAGGCAUGAUAAGGAUAGGGCAAGUGGCAGCCCCACUUCAAUGGUUUCAGUCGUUAACUGGCUUCAGAAAGACUAUUCUGUGGUGACAAUUCGUUGCAAGGAUCGGCCAAAGCUUCUAUUCGAUACGGUUUGCACCCUAACAGAUAUGCAAUAUGUGGUUUUCCAUGGGAGCGUGGAUACUGAGGGCCCCGAUGCUUACCAGGACUAUUACAUUAGGCACAUUGAUGGUUCACCUGUCAAUUCAGAAGCCGAGAGAAAGAGAAUCAUCCAUUGUCUUGAAGCAGCUAUAGAACGGAGAGUAUCUGAGGGCCUGAAGUUAGAGCUGUCAACAGGCGACAGAGUGGGUCUGUUAUCGGACGUAACACGCAUCUUCCGCGAGAACGGAUUGACAGUCACAAGAGCAGAAGUUUCAACUAAGGGCGACAAGGCUAUCAAUACUUUCUAUGUCCGUGACGCGGCAGGGAGCUCGGUGGAGCUGAAGACACUCGAGGCCAUACGCCAGGAGAUAGGCCAGACCGUGCUUCAAGUGAAAGGGCACCCUGAUCAGCCAAAGUCGCUAACGCAGGAGUCGCCCACUAGGUUCCUCUUCAGCAGCCUCUUUAGACCAAGAUCACUCUGCAACCUUGGGUUGAUUGGGUCCUGAGUUUCAGCCAGCGCAUGUCCACUACUACUCUGCAAGCAGCGUGGUGGCAAAGAAAACUGGCCAUAGUGGUGACACCGUGGCAGCCACAGCAUGUUCAUGAUGCACGCAAGAUGCUGGUGCCCCCAAGUUCCACAAUGCAAUUAGGAGUAUUCAUGCAUCAGAUGACGACUAGUCAUAUAAAGCAACCCGACCAACCGGCAUGUACACCACCAGCAGUUGGUGCAUACAGUAGGUUCUUUAGCAUCAUCCACCAUUGUACAUACUUCAUUCCCCCCAUUUCGACAUGGUGGUGCCCAUUGCAAGCAGUGCCUAGUAAGUAUGAUUCAAACUGUUGUAAAUAUUGCCCUUGGCCCUCUGUAGCAGCUGUCUAAAUCCUGCCUGCGGGUGUCAUUGUUGGAUGCUGAUACUGCCAUCAGAAGGGGAGUUGCCUCUUGGGGAUAUUCAGAGGGUGGGUGAAAGUGGCAUCGAUGGCAAGCUGCUUGUCCAAGGAAUCGGGCCGACGGCGACGACGAUGGCGACCCGGUUGUCAUUUGUGCCGGGCGCACAUGUCGAAAAUGGCCGCCAGCUCUGCCCGGGGCCCUACCGUGGCUGCAAGCUGGUGCUUGGAGCUUUGGAUGUGGAGUCCCCUCUCACUCUGCACUUCCUGACGGGAUGCAAUGCAAAGAGACCAAGGGCCAAUGAAUGAGCCAUGGCCGGCCGGCCUCUGCCUCUCUCGUCUCAUAGGCAGGCAGGCAGGCAGGCAGGCAGAGGCGUACGUCUAGGUGUCUCUCUCGUCUUGUCCUUGUGGCGCCAAUGCAUGCAACAACUCAUGUUUGGUCUCGCUCAUGUUUCCUCGUUUUCUCUCAUGCUGUCUCUUUGCCUACUGCUCAGUCUCACUCAUGAUAUUACCUUGUGAUUGGUUUGUUAAAAUCUGAAUAUCUCAGUCUCACAAGACAUUGCCUA